ACACACUGUCCCUCUGUGUAUUAAGAAAGCUGUGUUCUGCUGAGCGCGGCUGUGAAAAAGUUUGAUUUGCAGACAUUUUCAUUUGUUCAUUUGAGUGAGCAGCGUUACAUGUUCGGACAGGAGCCUGCCAGGAGCGCGAGGCGGAACGGCCCCAAACCAUGGCCCGUGGUCGCGCUGUCGGUGCUGGGCUCGGCCGGAGCAGUGGCCGCGGUCGGGUUUCUCUGCGCCCUUAUCUACCCCAUACUGCAAGAGCUGCGGGCAGAGAGGGUGACAGGAGAGGAUGGCACUGAAGAGAAGAUGCUCGGUUUCUGGAGUAUCCUGGUCCUGUCAGUAUUAGUAGGAUGCAUCUGCUGUGGCUUCUCGUGGAUGCUCACCUACCUUGACUCGUUCCAGCCCGGUAUGGAUUUCCCAACACUGCGGACAGUGGCCCACUUCAGAGACGUUUCUGACCAUGGCUUCCACGUGGGAUAUGGACUUGCUGUUCUUAAUGGCAUCAUGGCCAUGCUCGCCAUCAUCUGGAGUCUCUGCUGACACACACACACACACAAGCCCGUUAAGCUAUCUUAGUGAGGACCUUCAUUGACAUAAUGGUUUCCCUAGCCCCUGACCCUAAACCUAACCAUAACCUAACUGUAACCCUGACACUAAAACCACAUUUUGAGCCUCAAAAAUGCCUUCAAAUUUGUGAGGACCGGUUUGUGUGUCCUCACAAGUGACUGUUGGUUCUCAGAAGUAUAGUAGAAUGCAGAUUUCGGUCCCCACAAAGAUAGCUAGACAGGAACACACUGUCAUUCAAGCCAAGGCAAAUAACCACAGCAGUUUUAAUGUGCUGUUAUUGCUGCUAAAACAUGUGAUCACACAGCUGUGCACUAACUGAAGACACCUUCUGUAAACACUGGUGAUGGAGCUGCAGCUUUUACACACAGCCUGUGUAUACCAUCCUGCAGCUGGAUGGAGACAGCAGCUUCCAGACUGCAGCCCUGGAUUAAAGCUCUGUAUGUGGGGCUGUAAGCAAUUCAAACUCUGACAUACUGCAUUUCUUCAGAUGAGACUGUGAACAGUGUUGAUUAACCACCCAAACAGGAAUGUUACAUGCUCAGGUCUAACAUGGCAGCUUUGGUCAAAUUUGAAAGAAACAAAUGAAUUAAACUUUUUA